AGAGAGGGAGGAGGCUGUUCUCAUCAAAGGACCUCUCAUAUUCUACAAGAUAAUGAGACCCUGAAGCCCUCAGACCCCAACAGCAACACUGACGGAAGGACAGACAGAUGUACAGACCAACAAAGUGAAAACACAAAAGGCCUGAGGAAAACAUUCAUUGGAUCUGAAAUGACGUGGCGUGAGGAGCUACGUAGUCGGCAGUUCUGGAGCACCAUCCUAGCAGAGCUGCUUGGCACCCUUCUAUUAGUGAGCGCCGUGCUGGGUGCCUCUGUUCCUGGCCCUGGGGAGCCCCCUGUAGGACCCCUGUACCCAGCCGUUGCAGUGGGUGUGAUGGUUGUUGCAUUAUGCCACUGUUUUGGAGAAAUAAGUGGAGCACAGAUGAACCCGGCUCUUACUCUGUCUCUGUUGGCCACUCGAAGGCUGGAUGUUCUUCGAGCUGUUGUUUAUAUUGCUGCUCAGUGUUUGGGGGCCUGUUUAGGAGCCUGGGCCCUUUACCUUGCCCUGCCUCUCAAAGCCACUGCAGACCACUUUGUCAACAGGGUCCCUAUUGAACUGACUGCAGCUCAGGCUCUGGGCACUGAGAUUUUGUGCACCUUCCAGAUGGUCUUCACUGUCUUCUCAGUGGAGGAACAGAGACGGAGGGAGAGCCCAGAACCAGGAAACCUGGCCAUUGGAUUAGCACACACAGCUGGGGUGCUAAUAGGGGGACGGUUCUCUGGAGCCAGUAUGAAUCCAGCUCGCUCUCUGGGUCCAGCCAUCAUUGCUGGCUUCUGGGAAAACCACUGGGUGUACUGGAUCGGACCGGUGCUCGGUGCUUUACUGGCUGGAGUGUCCCACGAGUUCUUCUUUGCACGCAGCGCCUCUCGCCACAAGCUGGUGGCGUGUUUGACCUGUAAGGACAUUGAGAUUGUUGAGACGGCCAGCAUGACUGGAUCAUCACUGUCCACAGUCACGCAGAAUGCCAUGAGAGCAAAACAGGCCAACAAACAAGAGAGCGGCUAAAAACAUGAAGGAAAAGAUGCAGAGUAGCAGUUUCAGCAACAUGACAGUAAUUUUAUUGCUCAGUAUAAAACUGCAUUAGACAAACAUAAGACAGUGCCUGCUAUUGUUUAAAGAAUAAUAUAUGAUCAAUCAAAAAAGGAAAGAAAAGUUGUUAAAAGAGUUGAAAAAGUUUAGAAAAUGG